GCUACGAUGAUAGAGAAAACGAUCUCUUUCUCUGCGACACCAAUACCUGUAAAUUUGAUGGGGAGUGUUUAAGGAUUGGAGACAGUGUGACUUGUGUCUGUCAGUUCAAGUGUAACAAUGACUAUGUGCCCGUGUGCGGCUCCAACGGUGACACCUACCAGAACGAAUGCUACUUGAAACAGGCUGCCUGCAAGCAGCAGAGCGAAAUACUCCUGGUGUCCGAAGGAUCGUGUGCCACGGAUGCUGGCUCAGGAUCUGGGGAUGGAGGUAAGAGCCAUCUCUUAAUAUCUCUGUACUUAUGUGUACACAUAUUGUCUUUCACAAUUUCAGCUU